AUGUCAUCAAGCACCUCCCUUUCUCUGGGCAUGGGGCCCCUAGGACUCUUCAGCGCGAGCCCAACACACCGGUUCGCGGCGCCCGCUGCCUUCCUCGGUUGGGGCUGGCUGUACGCGUAUUGCGUGCUGGCCAGCCGCACAUGGAAGCAGUGGUACGGCAUCGACCACAACGGCAGCCCGCGCCAGGACCUGACCAAAUACGCCGACGUCGCCGUCCGCGAGGGCAAGAUAACCAGAGCCCAGGUCGACCAGCUCCGGCGUGUCGAGGCCGCCAGCGCCAAUGCUACCGAGGGGUAUACCCUUUUUGUCGCUUCCGUGCUGUUCGCUCUUGUUACUGACGUCCCGCGGUCGUCGCUGAUCAAUGCUUGCACCACAUAUACGGUCGCUAGGUUGGUGUAUGGGGCGGUCUAUGUCUUCGUUGAGGAUGACUUUUGGAGCCAAGCCCGCGGCAUCUCAUGGUGGACGGGCAAUAUCAGUUGCUUGUUCUUGCUCUGGAAAGGCGCUCAGUCGGUCUGA